AUGGAUGGGGAUUCAGAGCUGGGCGGAGACGGGGGGGAUGGAGAGAAGGGGAAGGGGGGAGGCGCGGGGAAGGGGAAGGGGGGAGGUGCGGAGAAGGGGAAGCGGGGAAGGAGGUGCGGGAGGUGGGAGAUCAUUUGCUGGGUGGGGAUUGGCGCUGGGGUGGUCAUGACGGGGAUUGGCCUCACAAUGCUUGUCUUCUUCCUCUCACUCACCCAACAGGAACCAGUUGUGACUGUAGAGGGUGUUGAUAUAGUCCGCCUGAGCAUCUCAAUCCCUUCCCAAACCAUCAAGAUGCCGAGCCUAGACCCCAGCAUGGUCACUGUCCCGAACCUAGGAGGCUCCGUCCCCAGCCUUGCGAAUAUCUCGAUGCCAGCGUUUGAGCUGGGCAAGAAGCAGACAAAAAUUGCCACCGUGCCGAUCGUGGUGAAGAGCUUCCCGCUGCUCUCCACCUCAUCGUCAGCGCAAGUCAGGAGCCCCAUCGCUGAUGUGCUGAGGGAGCGGAAAAUCAAGAUGCAGACAUUUAUCAACACACAGGGCAAAGUCAGGGUGUGGGGAAUCGCCUCUCCCACUUACAAUGUCACUGUGAUGUGUGUGAUGACGGUGGACCCCAGCGCGGAUGUGAUGACCAAGAAGGAAUGUGGAGCCAAGCCUACAAAAGUGUAG